CGAGGAGUCGCGCUCUCGCCCAUUCCGUCCUCCCGGCUGUUGCUCUGGGCUGCAUUCAGGCCCUGUGUCGUCCUCCAUCAGCCAACCCUCCUACUCCCGGAUACCUCUGCGUCGUCUGCACGCCCAUCGAUCGCCAUGGCAACCCUCAAGUAUGGAUACGUCAAUGACACCACCAUGAUUGCACCCCCGAUGCUCCGCAAAAUCGGCCUGAACUGGGCAGGCAAUUCCUCCUUUGUGUGGGUCGGCACCCUGGACGACAUCUGCAACUGGAUGGAGGUCCAUCGCCGUUUGCAGAUCGAGUACGAAGAAGCCGCCGACUUCCACUCCAAGAGCAACUCCCUGGCCCUGCACGUCAAGACCGUCCCGAUCGAGAAUCCCUCCGGCGGCUGGGUCAGUCUCCUGGGUCCGGUCACCGGCUACAUUGUCGAGGUCCGCCUGGCUCAAACCUCGGACCUGGCCCGCGACACCUGGGCCGGCGCCGAGGAGCAGGAGAGCCGGGAGGAGGCUCCUGUCAGCACCGCCGCCGCCCAGUUUGCCCAGCGCAACUUUGGUGUGAUGUGGAGAGGCAGCCAGGAAGAAGACCUCUCGCUGAUCCUGCUGGACUCGAGCACCACCCUGGGAGAGUGUGCCGCCAUCCUCAAGGAUGGAGUGACUGGAUGGCGAGACCUGCGCAAGACCAAGUAAAUUGCAUGUCAGCGACUGGAGGGCAGAAUGGGUUGUCCAGCCCAGAAUCAUGUUGCACCCACGGAACGAAAACGGGGGCACCCCGAUAUGCCUUUGAUUGUUGCUCUCUCUGAGUGGCAAUACACACGCAUCCAUCCUCCACAAUCGCCAUCCGCCG